GGCCGUGUAAGGCUACACUUUCCGCGUGUAAUUUUUGUCGGUAUGAUAAAUAAGUGAUACACCCUGUAAAAGUUCUUAAUAACAAAAAUGGCCGCGUCUAUUUAUGCCACUCCACCUCCAGACUUAAGCAGCGAGGACACUGCUCUCUCAGAUGUCUCCAAUGCAUCCUCGCUAAAUAAUCGCAGCAGCAGCAAUAGUAAUAGUAACGUAACUACCAAUAACAACAGCAGCGCAAGUUGUAACAAUACAACCACAAGCAAAAAUAACACAACAAAUUCGAACCCAGUAGCAAAUAUACAGAAGCGCUCUAUCAACGAAGUUCUAGCAAGCRKUGCGAGUCAAGCGAGCCCAUCCAAYCCACACACGCCGAAACAGAGCAGAAGUGUGUCCCCAAAAACAUCUAAUAGCGGAAGCGUUACAAGUGCCGCAAUUACACUGGAGGAGCACGUUGAUAGAGCAAUACGAGAUGAGGGGACACCAGAAGAUGACGCCGUCAUGUCAACGACACCACUCGCAGAUGACGGCGCAGCGGCGGCUAUGGCCGCUAUGACGGCAGCCGCUAAUGCAGCAGCCAUGCAACUGCAAUUCUUGGAGGCAAUAAACGAUGCUGCGAAAAAACGACGCAAGCAGAACAAUCCCAGUAGGGUUGGCGCACAGGCCGCAGCCGCAGCCGCAGCGGCGGCGGCAUUAAGUUUAAAUGAAGGCAGCGAAGGCGCACUAAUCAAUGCGGCUGCAGAAGCCAUAAUGGCCGAUAAGGACCAAUUCGGAGCAGGCAGCAUGACACCGAMCACACUGCCAAUCGAUUACGACGACAAGUUAUCGAAAAUGUUUUUACCAAAAUCAAUAGAGCAGUUAAAGGAAACGUUUGAAUUGCUGCAACAAAAGCAACAACAAUUUGGAAACAUAUCACCRGACACUGGAACGGCUGGRCCCGAAGAAAGUUUUUCCUCGCCACAGUUGGUAAAACCGAAAACAGAGAUCGUCUCGGAARUGAAAACAGUAAGUGAUGAGCUGGUAAGCGACGAAUGUUCACCGAAGUCACACCAGUUGGGAGAAGAGCUGACAAAUCCUUAUCAGACUUUUUGCAAAACAUGUGGCGAAAACUUUGAAACCGAAUUUAAACUGGGAUUGCACAUGYUACAAGAACAUCAGAAUGAUGAAACCGAAUAUGAAAAUACUAACCGUGUCGUAGAUGAGAGCCAACAGAAAGCAGAGCUCAUACCAUACGACAUGCUGUCCUCAGUAAGCGUUAAAAUGGAACGCCCUGACUAUGAGAAUUCCACCUCACCGCCCGCUGUCACCACAGCCGGAAAUCAAAUUGAUAACCAUAACGUAAAUAUUCUAGCUAACGGCAAAGAGCCUUGGCUCAACACUAUGGCGGGCAUGGGAUUUCCUUUUCCUCCAGAGGCUGCAGCUGCAGCGGCACUCUCCGCCGGCGGCUAUUUGCCGUUGUUAGGUAUGCCCGGUUUUCCCACKGUUGAUGGAAUAAAUCGUCCGCCGAUUCGUAUAUUCAAUCCUGAAGCCUAYUGCGAUCUUUGUAAYAAGGAAUUCUGCAACAAAUAUUUCCUCAAAACACAUAGAGCCAACAAGCACGGCAUUUACGAUCCAGCCGGUUCUGCUGGUGGUGAAGGAGGAGCCAACACUACUGGGGGAAAUAUGAGCGCCAUGACCCAAAUGUUGCAGCUGCAAAUGCAACAACAGCAACAACAACAAUCUAUGCAACAUUUACAACAGAAACAACAAAUGGCGUUGGAAGAAGCUCAGAAACAACAAAUUAGUUCGCAACAAGCCAAUAACGGAGCAUCGGCUCAACAACUGACUCCGCCUGCACCGCCGCCAGUGUACUGCGACGUUUGCUCAAAACGUUUCACCAAUGUAUUCGCCAUGCGCCGUCACCGCGCCAAAGCACACGAUCAGCAGCGCAGGAGCCCCAGCGAAUCGACAAUUCCCACUCCACCGCCACUGCAGUCAAACGUGCCAACAUCGAAAUCAGACACACCGACCCCAAUUGCUCAAAGCGAAUCGAAACUUGAUUUGUCUAAAAUAAGUUCACCAACAGAUUCCGAAGCUAAGCAAUUUCAAAUGCCCGAUGGCUUCCGACAGGACUUCACUCUUGAACAGGAAGAAGUGUCUUUCACACCGCAGCCACGAAAGCURUCGCCACAAUCGCAACAGCAAGCACGCGAAGCCAAUUUCUCACACGAUAAGUUACGUCGUUUGGGUGUGGUCAAUCCGGAAGCAUUUUGUGAAAUCUGUUGCAARGAAUAUUGCAACAAGUACUUCCUGCGUACACAUAAAUGGAAGCGGCAUGGCAUAUUCGUACCUCCAGAUGAUAUUAAGGACGAACAGCUUCAGCUUGCUCAAAAGAUGGCAUGGCCCUUUAUGGGUCUACCAGGAAUGCCGUUAAAUUUGAUGAUGGCCAAUGACAAAGCGUUCAUGGCUCAACGCAUGUUUGCUGCUGCCACUUCGUCCGUUUCCACCACGCCCAAUAUUGGCGCCGACGAUGUUCCCCAGCACGUAGCUAAACGCAUUAAACUUGAACAAGAUGAUGAAGAGGUUUCGAAAAGAAAUGAUGAAAACCAGGAAAACAAAUGCUUAUCGGGUCGUCAGUCGGCGGAACAACAACAACAGCAAACGGGUUCGCACAGUGUGGCCUCUACUCCGGAACCGCAAAAGAUUUUAGCGGAAUCCUAUAAUUCGGGUGCCAAUAUGYCAACUAGUCCUGAGACCGCUGUUGGCCUGCAAAAUCUACAAAAACUGCAAUCUAUGAUACAACAACUAAACGACUUGAAUGGCAAACGUACGAUGGGCUGUCACAUCUGUGGCCGCGAUAUGGAGAACCAAUAUGCACUACAAGUUCAUAUGAUGACCGACCACGCCGGCCUGUUGGAAGGUAGCGGCACACUACCACUUAACUUUCAGCAGCAUCUCUUCCAACAACAGCAACAAAUGCAAGCACAGCAGCAACAACAAGUGCUCAAGCAUUCUCCCUCAGGUUCCCCUGGUGUCACACCUUCACUCAACGAAAUGCGCUGCAAUCAGUGCGAUCGUGACUUUGCCAAUAUACAAGAAUUCAAACAACAUAUCGCCGAAGUUCAUMUAUUACCCGGAAGUCCGCUGAGGGACGGCUUUGCCACACCCGAACGUCCCAUAAACCCGAACGCUKCAUCGAUGGGCUCACGUCCACCCUACACCAUAACGCCGACUAGCAGCUAUUGCGAAAUUUGCAACAAGGAAUUGUGCAAUAAAUACUUCAUGAAGACACACAUGCAACGUAUGCACGGCAUUGAAAUCGAGAACGGYGCACAAAUCGGUGGCGUUGUCUGCAACAUUUGCAACAAAGAGCUCUGCAGUAAAUAUUUUUUGCGCGUACACAAACAAAACACGCAUGGCAUUGUCGACGAGAGCGCCCCAUUGCCACAACCUCGGCAAAAUGGGCUAAGCUUUGAUUCACAACAACAACAACAGCAACUAUCAUCCGCAGAAACCGAUCUCAACCGCGGUCUCAACUUGAGCCCCUUCGGUAGUGGCAACUCUGGUGACUCCAAAUCGGAUUACGCCAACUACACAGAAGUCUGUGUCAUUUGCACACGUCGAUUCCGCAGCGCAAAGUGGCUGCGUGCACAUUUGCAAAACGACCAUGGCACAGCAGGUAUUGAGAAACUGCGCGAAYUGGAMCAACAAUGCGGUCCUUUAAGCAAGUCCUCCAGCCCUACGCUCAAAAUACCCAAUGGUUCAGCUAAUACAGGUUCGAAUUCAAACAAUAUGAAUACURCCACUGGAGCGUUGUCGAACCCAGCGAAUCUUGCUCAAGCCCUGCAGAACCUGAAUGCGCAGCAYCUGCUCGGUAACAUGCCCAAAAAUAUCUUGCCGGGCAUGUUUGGAGCUGCAACAGAACAGUCGCACUCUACACCACGUUUACAAGAAUACCAAUGUUCCAUUUGUCCCUUCACCACUCCAUACUAUGCAUUCCUCUUCAUACACGAACGUUCACAUACACUGCUCGGUGGUGCUGGAGAUUUGAAAGCAACUGCUUCAGGGCAAUUAAUACCCGGCAGUGGCAUUAAAGACGAAACAAAUGGCAGUAGUGAGAACAAAUCGAAGUCAGACUCCACCAAUACGGAAAUGACGGACAAGUCUUCAUUACUGUCGAUAGCACAGCCCAAUAGCAUGACGACGAUGGAGUGCGGACGCGUCGAACCAACUAAUCUCUCCACACGAUCAACCACACCAUCUGGUAGUACAAGUAAAUCGAAAUCAACUAAAGAGAAUCAGGCACAACGCAACUCCAAGCAAAUAGAAGCAAAAGAAGGCCGCAAGGACAUUGUAACUACCAAGUCCUUCGCGCACAUCAAGUUGGAGAAAACACGCACAAUUGCGACCUCACCCAUAUCCACAGCCACCACUAACACUUUAUCUCAGGUUGCGCUCAAUGAUWUAGCAGAAAAAUGUGGUAAGGUGGCAUCCUAUGCGGUGCCGAAAGACGUGGCAGGCGACGGUCUGGAGGACGAUGAACCUCAAAUGCAAGCUUUUGUUUUGGAAAUCCAGCGUGAACGUGAAAUGGACAYAAUGACGGAGGCUGCCAGCGCUGCAGCUAGUGCUGAGGAGUCCAGUAACAGGUUUGUGCCAGCUAUAGUUUAUUUGCCCGUUAGAAAACGCAUCUCAGGGCCUGUAACCGUGUCCUUCAACUUGACACCAGCCUAGAGCGCUGGAGCUUAAGACUAAGGCGCGUAACUUGAGCAUAUUGUUGCCAGACUGUUGUACAGAAAAUCCGUUCAGAAAAAUUUAAUACAUUCUUUUACUAAUUGCUUUAAGUUUAUCAAUGUUUUCUUCAUCAACUUAAAACUUCUCUAACUAACCAAAAAGGCAGAGCGCGCUUUUGAUUGAGAAUUACUCGAAGAAACCGAAACGAUAAGAUUUAUAAAUGUCUCKCAUUCGAAUUUUUUGAAAUCUGCUGAAUUAUAUACACAAACGUCUGGCAACAUUGGGCUCAAGUGAGCCUGGCUUAGCACUGAGCAUUCGGUGAUGACAAAAAUCAUAAGUUCCUAAAAUAAAAUCAAAAUUUGUUUAUAGAAAUUAACAAAAAUUUAGUGAAAAUGCAAAUUCUAUACGUACAUACAUAGUACAUAAUUAAGUCGAGGCUCUGCAAUUUUAGCAAGCACAGC